GGUGUGUCCUAGUCGCGCUGACCCGGAUGUUCACUCCUUGGUGCUGAGGAAGUGGAGGCGCCGCCGGGCCUACGGGGGCAAAACGAUACCGAGCCUCAGCCACACCGGAGCACAGCCCCGCCUACCGACACCGCCGGCCCGCACCCACCGCAGCCAUGAGUGACCAACAGCUGGACUGUGCCUUGGAUUUGAUGAGACGUCUUCCCCCACAACAGAUAGAGAAGAACCUUAGCGACCUCAUCGACUUGGUGCCCAGUCUAUGCGAAGAUCUCUUGUCCUCCGUGGAUCAGCCUCUGAAGAUUGCCCGAGAUAAGAUAGUGGGAAAAGAUUACUUGCUGUGUGAUUACAACAGAGAUGGAGACUCCUACAGAUCACCGUGGAGUAAUAAGUAUGAUCCUCCCUUGGAAGAUGGUGCCAUGCCAUCCGGCCGCCUGCGCAAACUAGAGGUGGAAGCCAACAAUGCCUUCGAUCAAUACCGAGACCUGUAUUUUGAAGGUGGUGUAUCUUCUGUGUAUCUUUGGGAUCUGGACCAUGGUUUUGCAGGAGUAAUUCUCAUCAAAAAAGCUGGAGACGGAUCCAAGAAGAUAAAGGGAUGCUGGGACUCUAUCCAUGUUGUAGAAGUUCAGGAAAAAUCCAGUGGUCGCACGGCCCAUUACAAACUGACCUCUACUGUGAUGCUGUGGCUGCAGACAAACAAGACGGGAUCUGGAACCAUGAAUCUGGGGGGAAGUCUGACCCGACAGAUGGAGAAAGAUGAGACUGUGAGUGAUUCCUCCCCACACAUAGCAAACAUUGGGAGGCUAGUGGAAGACAUGGAAAAUAAAAUCAGAAGCACUCUCAAUGAGAUCUACUUUGGAAAAACCAAGGACAUAGUUAAUGGACUCAGAUCAAUAGAUGCAAUCCCUGACAACGUUAAGUUUAGACAACUGCAGAGAGAGCUCUCUCAGGUGCUGACACAACGCCAGAUUUCCCUGCAGCCAGAUAAUUAGUCCAGGUCCGUCCAGACAUUUGCAGACAAAUCAAAACAGGAAGCUUUGAAGAAUGACUUAGUGGAGGCUCUGAAGAGAAAGCAGCAGAGUUAAAUGUCAACCCCCCUUCCACCUGCACACCUUUUCAUUUCUUACGAAGUCUCGCCCCAUCCCUGUUCAUCAUGGACCCUCUCCCAUUUUUUGUUUGUUGUUAAGUCAGUCUGCAUUACCUUUCAUAGCCAUUCAAUGCGGUUUAAUCCUAUUAAAUAAAGCUGUAUGAAUCUUUUACAGUCUUUGGGGUUCCUUUACUCCCCCCCCCCCCCCCCCACACGACUCCUGUUCCUAAACUAGCCUCACUUUUUGUGCUAAUCAUACCCUCCCCAAAUUUUCUCCAUUCCCCAUGUUACUCUGUACUGUAUAUUAUGAUUAACUCCUUCCGUGCCAUUGGGAUCUGCACAGUUUGUCUGCCAUUCUUCUGAUUCUGCAUGGGCGACCUCUAAUGGAAUUGGAAAGGACAUCUAAUUAGCUUUGAACUGGAGGGUGUAAGAAAAAGACAUGAUACUUGGCUUCUAUGUCUUCGUCUCCUUGUUCGUCUUUACUGUUCUCCUGGUGGUUUCCUGGGGAAUGCUUAGGGUAUUUUUUUUUUUGUUUUGUUAUAUAUAUAUAUUUUGUAAAGCUUUAAGUCUUCUAUACAAGCCUUCCUGUACUAACAAUAAAAUGAUUCUAAAUACCUGGA